AUUAGAAAUCAGGUUUAUAUACAGCUUCCCAAAGAACUUGCACACGGAUUCAUCAACAAUUCUAUUCAGAGACUGGAGUUUCUCAUCUUUCUUUACAGGAAACUUUACACUGCCAGAUCUGCAGUACUACCAAAGGCACAUGAUAGUUUUAAUCGAUUUGAGUUCAUUUUUGUGAUCUAUACCUUUCGAAUCGAAGUACUAUAACAGAUUGAAUUUGCAGUUGUGUAUUUAGCUGCUUUUUUGCAGCCAGAUGGUGCAAGAAGUAAGAUGUUCAACAAUACUUCAGAAGGAAAAGACGUUCGAGCAAAGCAAGAAGGCAGCAGCAAUGAGCAUAUAUUUCCGAAGCAUACAUCAACUUCAAGACAAUGGGCAGGUUUUAAGAACCCACGAAUCGUAAGAGUGUCUAAGGAUUUUGGAGGGAAAGAUAGGCAUAGCAAGGUAUGCACUGUAAAAGGAUUAAGGGACCGAAGAAUUAGACUUUCUGUUCCUACAGCUAUUCAAUUGUAUGAUCUUCAAGAUAGGUUAGGGUUAAACCAACCUAGCAAGGUUAUAGAUUGGUUGCUAGAUUCAACUAAAGAUGAUAUUGAUAAGCUUCCACCACUCCAAAUGAUACCUGGAGAUCUCAAUCAAUUCCAUCAAGCACCGACGACCUUUAUUCCUCAAGAUUUGAAUUCACCUCAAAUUUCUUUCUCUCACUUCCUAACUAAUCCAAAUGCAACCUUUGUUAAAGAUGUUGGAAACCGAACCUUACUGUAUACCAAACAAGGAAUGAAGCUUGACAACGAUCAUGGCAUCAAUGGAGACAAUCAGAGAAUGAAAGGGAAGGAAGCAGUAGUUGAAAACAAGUGGAACGAGCAAGAAAAUGGAGAUGGAAAUGGAGGUUUGAACUUUUUUCCCAUACCUCAAUACUCUUACCCUGGAUUGUUUCCAUACAACCCUUCAUAUAAUUGGGAACCGAAUUCAAAUGUAGCAAUAUCUCAGUUUGGGAACCAAGGGCUAAUUUCUUCUCAUACUGAUCCUUCAAUGGCUCUUCCAUCUGCAUCUCAGUUUCUCUUCUGUCCUCCUUCAGCCAUCACACCCCCAGCUUUCUCUCCCUAUCUGAUGCCCACUUUAGGAGAGAAUUAUGAUCUUGCUAGACAAAAUAAUAACUUCCAUUUGGUUAGCUCAAGUUCCCCAAAUGUACAACCAAAUUUUCUUUUGCCACUACUUAACGCCAAUGAUUCUCAAGAGAGAGUACCCUUCAGCUUGGAUGCACAUCCGAAUGUACGUUCACAGAAGAAUGUUGAUAGCUGAUAGAGUGAUAACCCAUAAUCAUUCACAUGCUUCCUAGCUUUCCUUACACAAUACAUAUAUAUAUGAUUUCUUGUAAGUAGAUUUGAACGGUGUGUAAUAUAAAUAUGGAGACUAUAUUUAGCAGUUACAUGAUGUUUGCUUUAUUUAUUUUGAAAUUAGACGAAUAUGGCGUUGUUUA